AAUAAGUGCAUUGAUCCCUAUAUAUCUAUAUAUACUUGCUUGCUCCACCACCAUUCCAUCGAUCACUCACAGCACUUGAAAAGCCAGAAAUUCAAAACACACUUCAUUUGUUAAAGAAGCUAAAAUGGCAGAGAAUAAUAAGGAAGCAACAUCUCCCUAUCCGUUGAUGCCCUCCGCCCCCAGCUACAUGAGGAGCGAUCAGGAAGCCGCGGCGUCCGCUCCGCCUAGCGCGGAGGAGCUUCGUCACAAGAAGCGCAUGAGGUGCCUUCUCUACGUAGCUAUCUUCGCCGUGUUCCAAGUCGUAGUGAUAACAGUGUUUGCACUCACCGUGAUGAAAAUCAAGAGCCCCAAAUUCCGGGUCCGGAAGGCGUCGAUCACUGACUUUGAAGUCGGCAACGCCACGAGUCCGUCGUUUGAUUUGGAAAUGGACGUUCAUUUUGGGGUGAAGAACACCAACUUUGGUCACUUCGAGUAUGAAGAUGGAAUAGUUGUGUUUUCGCACAGAGGUGUGAGAAUUGGACAGGCCAAUGUGGAGGAGGCACGUGUCAGGGCAAGAUCGACUAGGAAGGUGGACGUUUCAUCGGUGGACUUGACUUCGAAAGGUUUGCCGGCAAACUCACGGUUGGGGAGUGAUAUUAGUACGGGGAUUAUUCCGAUUACGACGUCCUCAAAGUUAGAUGGGAAGAUUCAUCUGAUGAAGGUGAUCAAGAAGAAGAAGUCUGCUCAGAUGAAUUGCACCAUGGAAGUUGUUCUUGCCACAAAGUCUGUUCAAAAUGUCGUAUGCAAGUGAAGUGAUUCAUCAUUUUUUAUAUUUUUCUUUUUUGAAUAUUUGAUUUUUGGAUUUGUUUAUUUCUUUUGUGAGCUAUAUAUUACAUAUGGAACAUCUUGUUACAAUUUACAAAUGCUGUGUACGAGUGUUAUAUGUAUAUGACAGUUUCAUUUUCCUCAUAAUUUAUUUGGAAUAUAAGUAACA